CAGACCACUGUUGAAUAAUUUUUGUGCCGCCAAAGCAGAAAACCAAAGAAAAAUAAAAAAACCCUCCUAGCUCUCAGGUCAGCAUCUCGGUGAUAGCUCUCCCAUCCCUGCUCCCCUUACUUCCUUUUAGAUCUUACAAACAAAACCUUUCCUUUCGUUGUCUUUUCGUCGUUAAUUUCUCCAUUUUCUUCUUCACAUUUUCGCUGUCGUUUCAAUUCUGCUUCUUUAAUUUCCGAUUCUUUACCGUCUCUAAAUCGAGAUCACGCCACUUUCUCAGCGUUUGCUACACUAUUCACAUUCAAAUUCUUCCUUUAUUUACCACGCAAAAACCCUAAUUUUGCAGCUAAAUUGCUCUACUAGGGUUUUAUCUCUCACCAGAAAAAUUCCCUUAUUAUCAAAAUUAGUUAUCAGAUCAUACUAGCAAUGCUUUCCUUUAUAUGGUUUUUAAAUUUUUACGGCUGUUAAGCUCGAGAUUCCAACAAUGGUUGGCUUAACCAGCAACAGCAAGCGAAACCCAUAUUUAAAUUCUCCCGAUUUUCACAUUUCAAAAAAGCCAAGAUUGUCGUUCAUGCAUCAAACUCCGAACCAAACCCUAGGAUCCUCCAAUAGUACGGCAUCUAGAAUAUCCCGGUACCCAGAAACGACCUCAAAGAUUCGCCGGGAAGUUCAUGCACCUUGCCGAAUACUCAAAUUUGGCUUAUCCAGGUCCAAAGACGCUGAUUACGGUGACAAAAAUAAAUGUAGUGCUGAUGAUAUGGGGAAUUGCUUGAGUAAACAACUGGACUUUGCCAAGAGAAACGCAAUUGGUACUUUUAGGUAUUUGCUUAAAGAUAAGCAAAUAAUUGAUGCUGAUAACGAACUUGAGAAUCCUGAAAAGCAGGCAGUAUCUGACGAUUCCAGUAUUGAAGAAGUUGAGGCUAUUGAAGAAGAUGGAAGAGAAGGGAGGUCUAUGGUUUUGGGCCAGAGGUCACGAGAUGACCUUGUGGGUAAUAAGGAUGAUAAUGAUGUUAAGAUUGUGGAGGAGAGAUCCGUGGUUACUGUGGACGGGAAUUUAGGGGUACAAAAUGCGGAAAAAAUGUUGAAUUCAUUGGUAUUGAAUGGCGAAGUGAAUGUAUCCAGUGUUGAAGUGUACAAGAAGUUGUUGGAGAGAGCGGAGAGGAGGAACGGGCGAUUAAAAGCACUGGAUUCUGAUAUUGAAUUUAAUCAAAAGAAGCUGAGCUUUUACCAGUCAAUCCGGCCUGUUAAGAAAGCUGUGGAGGAGAUACCUCGUGAACCCUUUAUUGCUCUUACGGAGGAGGAGGAGGCUUUGGUCAAACAUGCUUUUUCACCCAACAGCAGGAGGAAGGUCCUGGUUACUCACAAGAAUUCAAAUAUUGAUAUCACUGGAGAAAUUUUGCUGUGCCUUAGACCAGGUGCAUGGUUGAAUGAUGAGGUCAUAAAUGUGUACCUUGAGUUGCUAAAAGAAAGAGAAAAGAGAGAGCCACAUAAGUUUUUGACAUGCCAUUUCUUCAACACUUUUUUCUACAAAAAGUUAACAAGCGCGGAGAACAUCUAUGAUUAUAGAGCUGUCAGAAGAUGGACUACAGAAAGGAAGUUGGGAUACUUCCUGCUUGAAUGUGAUAAAAUAUUUGUUCCUGUUCAUAGAGAGAUACAUUGGUGUUUGGCAAUUAUUAAUAAAAAGGAUCAGAAGUUCCAAUAUCUUGAUUCACUCAAAGGAAGGGACUUGAGGGUGCUGGAAAAUCUGGCUAAAUACUAUGUUGAAGAAGUGAAGGACAAGAGUAAAAAAGACAUUGAUGUUAGUAAUUGGGAACGGGAAUUUCUUGAAGACCUUCCUGAACAGCAGAAUGGGUAUGAUUGUGGUGUGUUCAUGAUCAAAUAUGCUGAUUUUUAUAGCAGAGGUAUAGGGCUCUGUUUUGGCCAGGAUCACAUGCCCUACUUUCGGGUGAGGACAGCCAAGGAGAUUCUAAAAUUGAGGGCUAACUGAUUGGAGAAGUGAACAGGCCACUAAUGUGGAUUAGUACGCAUUUUUUUGCCGGUGAUUCUGCAAAUAGCAGAUCUGGAUCCUUUGAAUAGAGGAUCUUUCGACCUUUUUCCAAAUCUGCAUGGUAGCAAAGCAGUUUUGGUUGUCUAGUUGGAUUAAUUGAUCAAAGAUUGUUCUAGCGAUUGAUGACUGAUGCAGAAUUCAGAGCAAGCUGAGUUCUUUUUUUUUUUUUUUUUUUUAAUUUUUUGAUAGUGGAGGCAUUGCUUUGUUUGCAACUCACAUAUAAAACAUGUUCUUUCUUCUAUCAUGUUUCAGUGUGCUUUUACGAAUGUAUUCAUUAGAUUUCAAGCUUUUUAGGAGA